GCCCACAAGAGCUAGCGUGGCUACCCACUUAGGGACCCUACCUGGCCCCCCUUGAAAUUCUAGUCGGGAAGUCAUGAUAAGCUCGCAUUAUGACAAAAAGUUUCUGCAUUUAAGACAACAAGUAUCAGAUCAUUAUUGAAAUGAACAAGAUCAAUACUUCACACACAAGACCAAGACAGUGAAAAAGAUGUGUUCGUCUUUUGGUGAAGAUUUUAUAAAUAAUGAAGUGGUAGAAAUUGUAGACUGCUUAUGAGUAGAAUACUGUUCCGAAUUAUUUCAAUUAAUUUAAUGCCUGUGAAUAUUCAACCAAUAGUGGAUUGGUGUGAAUUACAAAAGUACUGAUUACGACAUUUUAUUUUGAAUUUCAAUUAAUGUUUGACCAAUAUUUGAACGCAAUUUGGAAUUUGAUUUUAUUUUUAAUAGUUAUGGCAUAUUAAUUGCAUGCAGUGUUUACAUCUUUAUAUCUAACAUUUCUAAGGAUGUCUAACGUUAGACAUAAUUGCAUAUGCAUGCUGUAAACAUUUACUGAAGAUAACUUUUUCCUUUUAUAACAGAAUAAAUAUUUAAUCCAUAGUUUAACAUACAGUAUAGUAGAAUUGGCUGAUCUUGUUCUCUAUUUCUUUACAUUCUUUUUUGAAAUAUGUAAUAAAUUUAUUUGUUUUAGUUUAUUUUUUUGGUUGUUUCCCUACUUUUCUUUCUUUAACUGCCUGAAUGUCUUUUGAAAGUAGACCUGCAUAGUCUUGUGACUGGCUCUUGUUCUUCUUCUCUGUCCUUCAGGUGAUGGUAGCUCGGAAAAGUCAAAUACUUUAGAGUCAGUCACCAGCGAAAAAAAUGACACUAUUGUAUUUCCAGAGGAUAUAGUCGUGGAUGAUGAUGGAUGUCGGACACCUGACCGGGGUGUCGGUACCUGCACCCCCAUUAAACAAUGUGCCCCGAUGGUACAAUUCCUUUUUAACAUACCCAAGCCCAUUUCACAAAAAAACGCUGACUUUAUUAGGACGUACUAUUGCGGUUAUGACAGAGAUUCCGUCAAGGUGUGCUGUCCUAAGAAUCCUAUAGUUGUAACAGAUCGGGAUCAACCUGUUACAGAUAACAGAAUAGAUCCACCCGAUGUGACCAAUCACAGGAAUAUUAAUUUGGUUAAUUCCGAUCUCUGUGGACCCAUGAAUCAAUUCGAUAGAAUUCUGAAUGGAAACAAAACAUCUUUGUUUGAUUUCCCUUGGAUGGCACUUCUCUCUUAUCAGAUUGGAAGAAUAAGAGACUUUCGUUGUGGUGGAACCUUAAUCAAUAGUAAAUAUGUUUUAACUGCUGCUCACUGUGUGACUAACUUAGGAACUAAACAACUGAUUGGAGUACGGCUUGGUGAGCACAACAUUGACACGGCUCAGGAUUGCGAGGACUAUCAAGGAAGAGUCAUUUGUUCUCCGCCAGUUCAAGAUUUUGCAGUCGCAGAAAUAUUAAGUCAUCCAGAUUAUAAUACAAGGGAAUAUACAAACGACAUUGGUUUAAUUCGGCUGAGGGGUGAAGCUAAUCUAGAACCAGAAAAUGUAAAGCCAAUUUGUUUACCAACCAUUAAACCUAUUAGUCAAAUGGACCUAUCCCAAAUUAAUGUGACUGUUACAGGUUGGGGUGUCACAGAAAGAGGUACCAGAAGUCCUGAUUUAUUACAGGUGUUUCUUCCAGUUAUUGACCAGGAAACUUGUAAAAAUACCUACAAAAAUUCAGCAGUGCCAAUAACUCAUAAACAGGCUUGCGCUGGCGGUAAGAAUCAAAGGGAUUCUUGCGGUGGAGACAGUGGAGGUCCCAUGCAAAUUCCAGCGGCUUAUCAAGGUGACGCGAGGUAUUUCCAAGUAGGGAUUGUGUCGUUUGGUCCCAAAGUUUGUGGUCGGGAAGGAUUUCCGGGAGUAUACACUAGGGUAGCACAUUACAUGGACUGGAUAUUGGACAAUUUGAAACCAUAAAAUGAUUUUUGUUACGAUAACAGACUUCCGGUGGAAACAAAAAGUAUAAGAACCAUAAAGGGCUUUGUGAGAUGGGUGCCGUGUAAAGGUACCUACCGUUUAAGCGAUGAUGAUGCCCAGAAAGUGCUUUCAAAUACUAGAAACAAAGACUUUUAAAAAAUGUGAUCUCUUAUUAUAUAUAUUA